CAGAGCGGCCUGGCUCUCUUCGAGAAGGACUUUUGUGCAAAGUUAAAAAUCCCGCGAGAGAUAAUUUCGACAAGGUGACCAUCGUUGGUGCGGGAACGGUCGGAGUUGCGUGUGCCAAUGCCAUUUUAUUCCAGAAGAUAAGCAGCCAUGUAGCGAUAGUCGAUGCCUUUCCAAAGAAGCUGGAAGGCGAAGGAAUGGACUAUUGUCACUCUUCAGUCUUUUUGGACGACCCGUUCAUCGAAUACGAUACAGAUUUUUGUGUAUCGAGUAAUUCGAAGGUCGUCAUUAUUGCUGCGGGUGCCCGGCAAAUAAAAGGCGAAACUAGGCUGGAGUUGGUUCAAAAAAACGCAGACAUUAUUAGAAAUAUCGUGCCCCCUUUGGUUGAAUACAGUCCUAAUGCAGUAUUUCUCGUAGUAACAAAUCCCGUUGAUAUUCUGUCUUGGGUAACAUGGAAAGUAAGUGGUCUGCCAUACAGUAGAAUAAUUGGCAGCGGUUGCCACCUGGACUCCGCGAGAUUGCGAUGUCUAAUCAGCGAACGACUUGGAGUAGCGUCAAAAUCAGUAAAUGCUUUUAUUAUUGGCGAACAUGGAGAUAGUCAGGUGCCGCUGUGGUCGGGAGUUAAUGUUGCUGGAGUUUUAUUCCGCGACAUUAUGCCAAAUAUAGGCUUGGAUAUGGACCAGGAUGGAUGGAACGAGCUGAUGAAGGAUGUCACCAGAGCCGGAUCGACGGUGAGAUGUCUCAAGGGAUAUUCGAACACGGCGAUCGGUUUGGCGGCAGCUGAUAUCACCAGAGAUAUUUUAAGAAACAACCCGACAGUUAAAUCCGUAUCGACGAUGAUCCAAGGUCAUCAUGGCAUUUGCCAUGAGAUGUUUUUGUCCCUACCCUGCACAUUAGGUGAGAAUGGUGUGACUCAAGUAAUACGAAUGCGUAUAACUGAGCAUGAAAAAAAAUUAUUUAAUAAUUCAGCGGAUAUUAUUUACAACAUCCAAAAGGACAUUAAGAUAACGUGAAUUCUUGCGACAAUUGUAACUCGUGUUUAUUUUAAAUUUAUAAUUUAUUAUGUUAUAAAGCUCGAAGA